AUGUCUUCGUCUAAUGAUAUCAACGAUGAAGAACCUACUUCAACUCUUAGUUCUGAAAAAGCUAAUAUAUCAACCUUUAAAAUGCAUAUUGCACAUAAUUGCCUUAAUGCUCUAUUAGAAGCACAACUUCUUUAUUUCAAACAAUUAAACAAAGAUACUGAAGAACAAACAUCAAAUAAGAAGCGAAAAACGGAUUUAAAAGAUAAUGAGGAAAUUCCUAAAGUUGUUGAAAAUCAAGAACUAUCCAUAAAAAGACAAGAACAAUUGGAGGAGGGCAUGUGUCUUGCAUUUGUUUGCGCGGGUAUCCCAUUUAAUGUUGCAGGAAACGAAAUUGUUCAUGCAUGGUUUCAGAAUCUUGAACCAGGUUUUAAAGUACCUAGUCCGAAAACACUUGCUAGAAGAAUUUUUAAUAAACAAAUUAUUCAGGUAGAAGCGAAAAUGGAAAGUGAAUUACAAAGUCAAUAUAGAACAAUCGCAAUAUAUGCAAGUACUUUGUGGAAAGCUUUUGGUAAAAGUGAAAGCACUUGCCAACAACUUUUAGGACAACUAGCUUCCUACAAAGAAAAUGAGCCACCUUUUGAUGUUCCAUUUGAACCUGAUUGCCAAACACCGCAGACAUGGUGGAAAUCGAUCGAAGAUAUUCAUCGGUAUUAUAUAACGCAUGCCAAAGAAGAGAUUUCUUAUAUUGAUCGUGAACUUACUUUAGAGGAUGUGUUGACCGUAGCAAAUGGAGUUGAGGAAUUGGAUGAUAACGAUUCAGAUGAAGGCUCUGCUGAUGAUGAAACAGAAUUCGAAUCAUUAGAUGAGGUUUUAAAUUUGGAAAAGGAUUUUGACUUAAAUCAUGAAGUUUUUUGGGAAGAAGGUCAAAGUUAUAACAUAGAACCGAAUUCCGAAAAUGUAGUUGAAGAACAACCAAAUUAUGAUUAUAAUGUAGAUAGUUUAGUUGAUGAAAUUCUAACUUAA